ACGUCCGAGAAAACGUGGGAGCACCCACACUGACCGGGACGGUACCGUGUACUUAUUCGCCGCGCAAAACACCGGGCCACGCGAGUGGGCCCCGUGCUCCUGUCGGCAUUCAUUUGUGCCGUGUUGACGGUGACGAAUCCGCCCCGACCGGACGGAGCCGCUCUGGCAAGGUGCACCGAGUCGUGACGGUCGCCACCAGGGCAGCUUCCGCCGGUUCUCACCUGUGCUGACUGGGCUGCACAACGCACGCACGCCUCGCUCGCACCCGGCAUCCAACAACACCUGACAGCCAUCCACAAACAAGCCCGACCUUCUGCCGCCGCUGUCAAGGGCCGCUCGCAUGAAAACGAGAAAUUGUCGGUUCUCAAGGGCACGCGACCGGGCCAGGUGGCGUCCCGUGCCCAUCACGCCGCGGUCACUUCGCUCGUGACCUCCUUGAGUCGAAGUCAUCGUUCGUCUUCCACGAUUCAGCACAGCGGCGACAGCUGCUUCCCUUCGGCUGAUUAUUUCCCCCCGCCAUUCGUUGGUGCGUGACGCCGGGUUUAUACGCUUUGUGCUCGGCGAGAUGGAGCUCCCCGAAACGUCGGACUUUGCCUCUGCCAACCUCUUCUCCAAGAUGGCAGAGAUCCGCGCAAGCAAGAUCAACUGGCAGCCCUACCUGCAGAGCCAGCUCAUCUCCGCUGACGAUUUUGAGUUCAUCCAGCGGUUUACCGCGGCUGGGACCGAGCAGCGGCGCCGCAUCGCGGAAAUCGAGGGCACGCAGUGCGCCCAGACGCUCCUGCACCUGGUGACGCGCAUCGUGAAGGAGAGCGUCGUGCAUUUCGUCCUCGUGCUGAUCGAAGACCUGCUGCAGGAGAACGGAGAGCACGCGCAGAUUUUCUCCGUGUUCACGCGGAGGAACCACAGGAGCCAGUGGGUGCUCUUCAUGCCCAUGCUCAACCGCCAGGAGAUCCUCACCAUGCACCUGGCUGCGCGCGUUGUGGCUCGCCUGGCCAUCAUGAGCCGCGAGCUCCUGCAGGGGAGUGACCUCGGCUUCUACCUCACCUGGCUCAAGACUCACCUGAGCGUGCAGAAGCUCCGAGCGGCGGUCGGGGAUGGAGUGAGCGGCGGAGGCAACAGCGAGGCGCUGCACUACUUCCAGAGCGCCGCGUCCUGCCUGCAGCUCAUCCUCCGCACGGGGGAAUACCGCUUCGCGUGGGUGCAGGAGGACGGCAUCAGCUGCAUCAUGGCGGUGCUCCACAACAGGUGUGGCGUGCAGCUGCAGUACCAGAUGAGCUUCUGUCUGUGGCUGCUGGCGUUCAGCCCGCAGGUGUGCGAGCUGCUGCGCAACAACAGCCCCGUGCCGGCGCUGGCCGACGUCCUCAACGAGUCGGUCAAGGAGAAGGUCACGCGCAUCGUGCUCGCCGCCUUCCGGAACAUGCUGUCGCAGGCGGUGGAAAAGGAGACGCGCCACGAGUUCGCUCUCACCAUGAUCCAGUGCAAGGUGCUCAAGCAGCUGGAGAACCUGGAACAGCAGAAGUUUGAGGACGAGGACGUGGUAGAGGACAUCAAAUUCAUGCUGGAGAAGCUCGGAGAGAGCGUGCACGACUUGAGCUCUUUCGACGAGUACUCGGCGGAGCUGAAGGCAGGCCGCCUGGAGUGGAGCCCCGUGCACAAGUCGGAGAAGUUCUGGCGCGAAAACGCCGCUCGGCUCAACGAGAAGAACUACGAACUGCUCAAGAUCUUGAACCACCUCCUCCAGGCUUCCGACGAUCCGCAGGUGCUGAGCGUGGCGGCGCACGACAUCGGGGAGUACGUGCGACACUACCCCCGCGGCAAGAAGAUAAUUGAGCAGCUGGGCUGCAAGCAGCUCGUGAUGGGCCUCAUGCAUCACGUGGACACGGACGUACGCUACAACGCCCUACUGGCCGUGCAGAAGUUCAUGGUGCAUAACUGGGAGUACCUGGGAAAGCAACUCCAGAGCCAGCAGGGCUCCAUUCCCACACGGAGCUAGAACAGCGUCGCCACCUCCACCACCACCGCCACCACCGUCGCCACCGCCACCACCGCCACCACCCUCACCACCACCGCCGCCGCCGCGACCGUCACCACCGUCGCCGCCACCGCCACCGCCACCACUGCAGCUCCGCACGAGACUGGGACUGUCCUUCAAAACUGCUGCCCUGGUGACGGCGGUUCGUGUACCUCCUCUGACUCGUGGAGUGUUACAUCUAGAUUGGAGAUCGUUGCCUCUGUAAAUGUAUCUGUCGGUUUCCCUGUCAGUUUGUUUUCCUUCAACCUCUUUAAUGGUCAUCAUCUUAGAAGCCAAGAGUCGCAUUGUCGAAUGGGCUCCCCGUGCACCGUACUUCCAUUCUGUGCCUCUUCUCUUAGUCACAUCCACUAUCCUUAUAUAGAGAUCAAUAGACGUACAGAUCCGUUAGACUCACGUAUACACUUACAUGACCCAUAUAUAUAUUUACACAGAGAGCCAUAGACUUGUACAGAGAUCCAUAACUUACACGAGGUCCCACAGUCACACAUUUACAUGGACAACUUAGAGACCUAUGCAAUUACUUCUUCAAAGCUAGAAACUCCAUUAUUGCAUCAUGGGCUUGGAUGCUCGGAUUUUCUUUCUUCAGCUGCUGCUUUUCUGUGCCCCAUCUCGAGUCACGUGCUGUCGUCAUAUCUCAUCCCACCUUGUCCUCCCAUAUUAUCCUCGGUCUCCCACUAUUCCCUCUGCUCCACAACAGCAUCUCAUAUCCCUUCGAGUCGACGGGUCUCCGUGACGAGUUACUUGUCGUGCGGAUGUCUUCAGGUUCACUUUCCUUAAUCGGUGCAGGAUAUAACCUCCGCCAGCGGAUGCUCGGUCGGAAAUAAAGACGUGUGAUUAUUGUCAAAGGUUUGCGAUGAUCAGUUUUUAAUCCUUUGCGUGAAGAUGACGAAAACAACAA